GAUUACGUCUUCUGUCAAUAUUGACGUUAGUCCAUUUCCAAAGAAAAUCCGUUUUUAAAACGUUUUAGUUGUCGGCACGUUUUUUUUUAUAUGAAAAUGAAAAGAGAUGUAUUAUUAUUACCUCAUUUUUUUGAACGAUAAAAUAAUGUUCGAAUAGUUUAAAUAAAUAUAAUCGGAACAACCGAUAUAUUCGAAAUUUAUUCACUCGAUUAAUUUACUGCUUCUUUCUAACUGUAAAAAAUUUGAUAAACGACCCAUCGCCGUGUCAUUCAAAAUAAUUUUUGACACGUUGGAUUGUGUGAGCCCCAGUAAUUUACAAAAAAUAUAAUGGGUCAAAAGUUUCAAUAUGAUGAAAGUGGAGGAACAUUUUUCUAUUUCCUUUUAUCAUUUUUAGCACUUGUUUUAAUUCCAGCUACAUUUUAUUACUGGCCAAAAAAGAAAAAACGAGACGUCGAAGAAGAAAAUAAGGAAUGUAAAUGUUCGGGAUGUAUUUUAAAAAGAGAACAUUUGAAAAAAUUAGAACCGUGGAGGGGCCCCAAAAUUUUUUUAAUAAAAUUAACAAUUAUAGCCGGUUGGGUGAUACUAUUUUUAUUAGCUUACAAAGUAUCACAAUUUGAUUAUGAAAUGUCCAAUUUUGAUCCUCACGAAAUACUAGGAAUUCCUCUAGGUGCUAGUCAAAGUGAAAUUAAGAAAGCUUACAGAAAAUUAUCAUUAAUUCUUCAUCCGGAUAAGGAUACUGGCAAUGAGAAAGAAUUCAUGAAACUAACCAAAGCGUACCAAGCUUUAACAGACGAAGAAGCAAGGCGUAAUUGGGAAAAAUAUGGUAAUCCUGAUGGACCUGGAGCAAUGAGCUUUGGAAUCGCUUUACCCUCAUGGAUUGUUGAAAAAGAAAAUAGCGUUUGGGUUUUGGGUCUUUAUGCACUUGUUUUUAUGGUGGCAAUGCCUAUAGUUGUUGGUACUUGGUGGUACAGAAGUAUUAAAUAUACGGGAGAUCAAGUAUUGUUGGAUACCACUCAACUGUAUUAUUAUUUUUUUAAUAAAACUCCAAACAUGGCUCUGAAACGAGUUAUAAUGAUUCUAGCUGCUAGUUUGGAAUUUGACAAAAAGCAUAAUUCUGAAAUAACCGAAAGGCAGUCAGAUAAUGAAGAAGUACCUCAACUAAUAAAAAAACUCCCAAAUUUGGGGGAAAAAAAUAAAGAAAGACCUUUGUGUUAUUUGUAUAGCAUCAAAGCUCGGGCCAUAAUACAUGCUCAUUUGAGCAGGAUACCAUUGAAUCCUCUUACUUUGGAACAAGAUAGGAGGUAUAUAAUAGGAAAAUGUCCGUUUUUGGUAAAUGAGCAGGUCAAUUGUGUAAAUCAACUUAUAAUUAUGGCCUACACUAGGAGAAUUCCCAAAUUACCACCAAUCGAAACUAUAGAAAAUUGUAUGAAAUUAUCACCUAUGAUAGUGCAAGGUCUUUGGGAAUUCAAAUCUCCUCUUCUACAACUACCUUAUAUCAAUGAGGAUAAUUUGAAAUAUUUCAUGUCGAAAAAACGUCAAAUCAAAACUUUACAACAGUUUGCGCAACUUAAAGGUGAAGAAAGACGAAAUUUGUUGAGAAAUUUGAGUGAUGAUGAAUAUGAGAAUGUUAUGAAAGUAUUGGGAAGAAUGCCUUACGUCGAUUUUCAAAUUCAAGUAGAAGUUAUGGACGAUGAAAAUCCAAAUGAAGUAACAGCUGGAGCUAUAGUUACGGUAACUGUAACUUUAAUUAGAAAAGAUAUGAGCAGCCUUUUCGGCGACGAUUCUGCUAAAGAUACGAUAGAAAUAAACGAAAAUGGUACAGAUGAAGUUAAAGAAAAUGCGGGAGGCGAUGAAACUGUCGUCAAAAGACCGGCAUGGUUAAAACAAAAGAAAAGUAAAUUCCAAUCUAGAGUUAAGUUAUUUUUGUAUAUAAUAAUAAUUAUAAUUUUAGGUGGUAAAAAAACGAAGAAAUCUAAACCUGCGAAUAAAUCGAACGCCGUUUUAAAACCAAAGAUGGACGAUUCUCCAAAGAAUCUCGUUAAAAGGAAAGAAACGUCGAGAAUUAAAGAAAAUAAGAAAGAACAACAAGAUGAUGAAGAAACAGACGAAACCGAUGAUAGCGAUACAGAAAAUAUUGAUAACGAAAAAUCGUCCGCCGAAGAAGAAGGUGAAUCAAAUAAUAAAACGAACGAUGACGACGAUCAGGAAUGGGAAAAGUUUCAGAAGAUCCACGAAAGGGAAAAAUCUUUGGAAGGAAGAUCGAAAACAUCUCAUGCUGUUCAUUGUCCGUAUUAUCCUUAUGACAAACAGGAGUAUUGGUGGACGUAUAUAUGCGACAGGAAAUCGAGAACGUUAUUAACGGCACCAUAUCACAUUACAGGACUUGUUAACAAAGAGACUGUUCAUUUAAAGUUUACAGCUCCUCAUUGGACAGGAGUGUAUACUUUGACCGUAUGUUUGCGCUCAGAUUCCUACAUAGGUUUUGAUCAACAAAAAGACAUCAAAUUAGACGUUAAAGAAGCUCCAGCUGAAAUAACUGAACAUCCUCAGUGGGAAUUCGAAGAUUCUGAAGAAGAAGAUCCGGCCGAAACCAACGAUAGAGAAUCCGAAUAUGCUACAGACGAAGAUCUACCGGACGAUUAGGACCGAAAUUUAUUUAAUUAUUUUUUUUUUUUUGUAAAAUAAGAAAUUAACGAUAGUUUUGAAUUAUUUACUUCCUUAAUCCAUCUUUGAAGGAAACGAUAACAUUAUUUUGUUUUUUUUUGGUAUAUAUAUAAUGCGUAAAGUAUUUUUGUUCAUUCGUGUUGUAGGUAUUUUCAAAAUUAUCAAAUAUUAACCGGGGUAUGUAUGAAAUAAUAAAAUGAUUUAGUAAGAAAGGGCUUAAUGGAAAUUCUUCAUUUCGAUGUAUAUUUAUAUUUCUAUUAAAAUGGUAUUUAAAGUUUUA